CUUUGCUCUUCCCGCUGAACUCGGCUCGCCCGCACCCCCUGCACCCCAAGAUGUCCUGCUGCUACUCCCCGUGCUGCUACUCCCCGUGCUGCUACUCCCCGUGCUGCUACACCCUGUGCUGCUCCCCCUGCUACCGCACCUGCACCCGCACCUACAGCUGCAGGCCCUGCAUCUCCCGCACCCUGAGCUGCUACCGCCGCUCCUACGGCAGCUGCUGCACCUCCCGGAGCUGCACCACGCGCUACAGCUACCCCUCGUACUGCUCCUACUCCUGCUGCUACCCCUGCUGCUGAUCCCACGGGAAAAUCCCCGCCGACCGACCCGCACCCACGGAAGACGAAUGGUUGAGCCCGCCGUUGAUGUUCGCAGGAGCGCAGAGCCCCCACGGUGAAGUUUGGGGGCUUUGCCGUGCUCCGAAACCUCUUGGAAUUUCUGCUUUUCUUGUCUUCUCCGCCUCCUCCUUCCUGCCUUUCUCCACUCUCCUGAUAUUCUGCGUUCGAACCCUCCCACAGCAGCGGGAGGGGCGAUCUGCAAUUCAUGUGAAACUUCUUCGAGUUGCUGCAAUGGGGCUGGAGGACCUCUGUGAAAUGAGAUUUGGUGUCAUCUGCAUUUUCAAUGAGCACUUCCAGCACGGUGCUGCAGCCCUGGGUGAGGGAGCGUUACGGCUGUCUGGCCUUUGAUCUGGAUUUACGAGGUCCUGGAGGAUGAACAACAGGGCUUCAGCAAAAAGGAAUGUUCUGGAGUGCGGUGACUCAUCUCCCGGAGCUGCUUCCAGCAUCCCAAAACUAUAAUCUUUCUGUG